GCGGCGUGGUGAGAGCAAGGAGCAGCCCGGCGGCUCUCAUUCAUUACCAACAACAAAACACCGACAAAAAUCAACCGACAGAUUCUCCGCCAUCAUGCCGUGUCGGAAAGAGAACUACAUCUUUCUGGAACAGUCCGUCACCGUCGACUCCAAAGAAGUAGACGCGCUGGUGACGAAAAUCGGCGAGGCGCUGCAGCUCCACAACAACAGCGGCGGCCAUCAGAAGACCGUGUCCGUGUCAAUGUCGUGUCUGCACGGGCUCACCGGCGGCACAAACACCGGGGUCAAACCGGCCGGCGGCACUGGAGCUUCGGCGCAGACGCGGAGCGGCUGCUGCAUGCGGCUCAGGAGCAAAGGACACCGGGGGAGCAGCAGGGCGAGCCCGUAUAACAUACCCGGGUCUAACGGUGAGCAGGACUGGGACCAAAUCAAACCGUGGAACAAAAAGAGAAUCACCGUAGAGGAGGAUGACCCACACCGCCUCCUUCAGGAACUAAUUUUAUCCGGGAACCUGAUUAAAGAGGCCGUGAGGAGGCUGCAGUUCUCCGCCGCAGACUGUGGAGAUUUCCCCAAGGCGGCAGACAACGUGCCGUGCUGAUAACGUAACGGAACCGGGGGACGAACACACGCUCCUGGGUGGAUACGACACUUGGGACUGUUCACGCGGACUGUUUAGAAUAAUAUUUCACAGGACUGGUAGCUAUGUUUUCUAAUUUCAUCAGUUUUUCAUCGAAUUGUCUGGCCAUAGAUUGUACCCGUAGAUGCCGCCAUGACCGCUACGUCUACGUGUAUGUAUCUGUGUAUCCUCGCGAGCAGUUAGCAAAGCUAGCUGACUAGCCACCCGGCUAAUGAGCCGUGUUGUUUAUGUUUGAAUGUCUCCUUGUGGGGUCAGACGUCCGGGCUACCGACGAGGUUUGAGCCACUUUAACGACCUUUUUCAUGAGCAGAAAGGGAGAUUUUCACCCAGUGAAAGCCAGUGCUAGCAAGCUGCGGUGUUUGAAUGCGAAAAUAACAACACAAGGCUGAUUUAUUAAGGUGGAAAAUGGAGUCCUGUGAUUCCGGAACAAUAGGUUUUCUUUUCUGACUAAUGGAGGGCAGGAAGUGCUGGCUUAUUCAUUUCUUAUUUACCACUGCAUCCUGGGAUUUGUUCAUGUGUUCUAGGGGAGGGGGGUUUGCUCAUUGCUAGCCAUUCCCUGCUUUAGCAGACCAUUAAAAUGGGGGUUGGGUGGUCUAGUAGCCCAUUUUUGUUUACAAUCUGAUGCUGUAUGGGCUAAGGUUGUCGAUCCAUUGAUACCCUUUUGAUACCACGUGACAAACAAUACAGUCUCUGCUAUUUUUAGCGUCUAGAGGUACUAAAAAUCCCUUAUUAGAAGACAGGCUUACAGGAGAGGAGUGCAUCCAGCAAAUGCACAAUCAAGCACUGUCUGAAUUGCACUCAGCAACAUUUCAGUAUUUAACAUGUAUGCAGAAGUCUGCCUGCACUUUCUGAUAGUGGAAAACAACAUUGAUUUCCUUUGACUUCUGUUUUUCUUGCCAUGGUAGCAAAGAGGUAUCAAAAUAAUCAGAUUUCUUUUGGUAUCUUUAAGUGUACUAACUUGACAACCUUAGUUAAGAGAAUAGAAAGGAAUUGCUCCCUCUUUUCUCUCAUUUCAAGCGAGGUUUGUCAGUGAGUUGUCCCUUAACAGCCAUCAGCACACCCAGCAUAAACCAGAAAAAUGAGAGUAAACAAUUAUUUGAUAUUUUGCCCUUUAAAUGCCGCCUAAAUUCAUCCUGUGUUCUCUCAGGACAACUCGCUGCACCUCUGUCCACGGCAGCUCCACAUUUCUCUCAUAAUAUGUCUUUCUGUGUUGGGGAUCAUGGACAUCAAACGUGGAGAAGUGGGGGCAUGGGAAAGCAGAGAAAACACGCCCUUUUCCCACAGGGCUUUGGGUGAUGUGUAACACUUUGUUUGCAAUGCUUUGGGGGGAAAAGGUCGGCUGUCACGUGACAAAACUUUUGUGGUGCUUUCACCUUUUUGGAAUUCCGACGGGGGAGUUCCGUCUGUGUUUUUUUUAAGUGUUUCUUCUCUGUGUAAAGAAAAAUCACCACGAUUGCUUCGUAACGAAGUAUCUGAUAAUGUUCCUGAGUUUUCAGGGUUCUUUAUUGUUGUCUUAAUAAACUCAUUUUUGUUUUUCCAGAA